UCCACGGGCCCGCCGCACCCAGCACCCCGGUCGCCCAGGGGCCCCUCCUCGCUCGGCCCGGAACCCAAAGCGAAGCCUCGAGUUCCGGGGGGGAAGAAGAGGAAUAAACGGACAGAGGACGGGAUGGCGGAAGCGGAAUUGCCCGGGAGGGGGGGGCUAUGGCGUUGCUUCCGGUUCCGGCGGCGGCGAUGGCGGCCGCGGUGCCGGGCUCGGGUCCGGCGCCGGCCUCUCCGGGGGGGCGGCGGCAGCAGCGGGAGCGGGUGGUGGCCAGCGCGCGGGCCUGGGUGCCGCGGCCCUCCUCGUCGUCGUCGGGCCGAGAAGGGCAGCGCCUCCUGCGGCUCCAGCUUAGCGCGGCGCCCGGCUCUGAGCGCUGCUUCCGGCUGGGCUUGAGGGGCGGGCCGGACUCCGGACCCGAACCGAGCCUUGUUGAGUACAGCCUAAAAGAUAUUUCCUACGAAGUGAAGACUCCCACCUGCCAUGAGCUGAAGGUCUUGGCCCGCCCGGAUGACCCCACGGUGUUUCACUUUGAGGAUGAGCACGAGGCAAAAAAGUGGUGGAUGGUUGUUAGUAGCUCCCUCCAGGAGGUGCAGAAAGCUCCCGAGGGCCACAACGUGCUCAGAGGACAUCCUCCUCCUCGCCAUCCUGCGGCUGCUGUGAACUCGCUGCUGGUGUCGGAACUCGAGAGCCCUCUGCUGUCUGAGCUGGCUAGGAAAGAGGACCUGGCGCUCCGUCUUUCUGCAGCGAUCGAGCUCGGGGACGAGGAGGAGGCCGUGCGGUGCGCCACCACGCUGGCUCGGCAGCAGGCUGCUCUGCGCAUCUUGCUGAAGGAGUCCUGCUACCCCUCGAGCGAGAUCAGCAUGAAGGUGGGCGUGGAAGACGCCAUGUGCUCAGCCGGCAUCACCAUCCGGGUUCACACCCACACCACCAUUGCCACGCUCAAGCAGCAGGUCUUUCAGGAUUACGGGUUCCAUCCCAGCGUCCAGCGCUGGAUCAUCGGGCAGUGCCUGGGUGUGGAUGACCGGACCGUUGGCUCUUAUGGCAUCCGGAAGGAUGGAGACGUGGCCUUCCUCUACCUGCUCUCCGCCAAGGGGGCGCACCUCUCGGAGCAGCGGUACAAGGAGGACAAGGACUGGGUGCUGCUGCAGCCGCCUCCCUCACCGCUGGCGGACGGCUCCGAUGCCCGCCGCAAAUACAGCACCUUGCCCAACCCUCUGCCCAAGAAAGGAGGUCUGAAAGAUCCCACCAGGAAGCUGAAUAUCGGGGAGAUCAGCCACUUCCUGGGCUCUGUGCAGCUCAGCACCCUCCUCCCCUCCAGCCUGGCCCGAGCCCCAGCCACCACCUCGGCUGCCCCCCCGUCCCCAGUGCAGGCUGGCUGGGCAUGUCCGACGUGCACGUUCAUCAACAAGCCCACCCGGCCCGGCUGCGAGAUGUGCAGCACCGGCCGGCCGGCCAGUUACGUGGUUCCCGGGGGCUACAGGCCAGACGACGUGGAGCUGCUGCGGAUGCAGCAGGAGAAGGAGGGCAUCUUGCAGUAUCAGCAGGCGCUGGAGCAGGAGCGGCGGCAGAAUUUCCAGCAGCUGCGCCGGCUGGACGAAGAGGCCCUGGUGCCCAACCAGGAGAACAUGGAGUGCCGCAUUUGCUACUUGGCCGUGGGCCCGGGCGAGGGGGUCUUGCUCCGGGAGUGUCUGCACAGCUUCUGCAGGGACUGCCUGCGCCAGGUGAUCAACUGCAGUGAGGAGCCUCAGGUGGCCUGUCCCUUCCGGGACGACUCCUAUGCCUGCAGCAGCCAACUCCAAGAUCGGGAGGUCCGGGCGCUGGUGUCGCAGGAAGAGUACGAGCGCUUCCUCGAGCGGCGGCUGGCAGUGGCCGAGAGCCGGGCCCAGAACAGCUACCACUGCCAGACGGCCGACUGCCUGGGCUGGUGCAUCUACGAGGAUGACGUCAAUGAGUUCCGCUGUCCGAUCUGUCGGGCGCUCAACUGCCUCGUCUGCAAGGCCAUCCACGAAGGGAUGAACUGCAAGCAGUACCAGGACAAACUGCAGUUGGAGGCUCACAACGAUGCUGCCGCCCGGGAAACCAGCAACAUGCUCAAGACCCUGGUGCAGCUGGGGGAGGCCAUGCACUGCCCCGUGUGCCGCAUCGUGGUGCAGAAGAAGGGUGGCUGUGACUGGCUGCGGUGCCCCGUGUGCCAGACGGAGAUCUGCUGGGUGACGAAAGGGCCACGCUGGGGGCCUGGGGGCCCUGGCGACACCACUGGAGGCUGCCGGUGCAACGUGGAGGGGGAGAGGUGCCACCCCAAUUGCCUGAACUGCCACUGAGAAGAGCCUGGACUGGAGGCGCAGGGAGGAGAUGCUGCAGCAGCUGCCGCCACAGGGCAGCCAGGGGUCCAGAGGUUACGGCCAGGCCCCAGCCCGCUCUCCUCCCACUCGCCAGGACUUUGGGGGCAGGGAGGCCCCUCUGCAUGGCUGCCUCCUCCCCCCCCCUCCCCUCGUCGUGGCUGAAACUGCCCACCCCGUGGAGGCUGGUGGCCCUGCUCCGUGCAACUCGCCGACACGCUCCGCUUCCACUUCAGCUGGGUGGGGGACAGCCACAGGCCCAAGGGAAGAGGUCACGCUGCCCUCCACUCCCCCUGUGCCUUUGAGCCCCACUGCCCCCCAGCAUCUCCCCCCUCCCUCUGCUCCUGGGAGGGCCCUGCUGCUUUAAUGGGCAGCCCGGGUCUGCCCGUAGGCUUCUCAGGGGCAAGAUCGGCACCAAGGAAGGAACCCAAAAUGUAUGUGGCUGAGCGGAAGGGGGCGGGGGAAAUGCCCUCCAAUAAACCGUUUCAGCCCUGGGA